AUGUUGGCGGCUCGAGGAUUCUUACAAUGCAUGGCCAACGCCUCCACCAUUAUGCGACGCACAGCUGUUCAAUGUGUCAAACGUAACGCCUCCACCGUCUCCACUGCUGCUGACAGCGCUAUCCCCAUGGAGCCCAGCUUGCCAUUCAUGUUCACCACCCGCAUGCCUCAGGUUCACGCUUCUCACUCGGUCACGGCAUACAUGUCAAACUUGCGCCCAUUUUCAGCACCUCCCGCUCCCUCUGUAGAAGAAGGCUUCCAAAUGACCAGUAUAUUGAGAAAGAGACGUUUGAAAAUGAACAAGCACAAGCACAAGAAGCUGAGGAAGAGGACAAGAGCUUUGAGAAAGAGAUUGGGCAAAUAG